GGCCAGUGCCAGCCACCACCCACGCUCAGCUGCCCCGUGGUGCUGCCCUUGGUGGACUUCAGCCUCCAGCAGUGGAAAUCCAGAUCGAACGAGACCAAGCGGCAGGAGAUCCUCUGCGACCUGGCACUGCUGGUGGGUGCCGUGGCGGGGGCCCAGGGCCAGGUGACGCAGGACUGAGGGGCCAGGCAGCUGAGCCAGCUCUACCGACACGCCAGCUCCUUCCUCCUGCUCCUGCAGACCUUCAGCUGGGAGGCAGGACCCUGGGAGCCGGGGUGCUCCCCACGCUCCGCGGAGCAGACCCACGUCACCGGCAUCUUCCUCACCUACCGGCAGCUGGUGCAGGGCAAGCUGCGCUUCUUCUUCCACGACCUGGCCAAGGACUUGUGCAAGCAAGGCCAGGGGGGUGGCAGAGACUCCCGGUGCGGGGCCCGGUGA